AUGGGGAAGAAUAAGCGCCAAAAACAGAACAAAAUAAACGCCGGUGGUGGAGGCUCAGCAUCAUUAACCCAAGAGGAAAUUUGGGACGACUCAGCCCUGAUUAGAUCGUGGAAUGAUGCACUUCAAGAAUACGAGUACUACCACAGUAUCCACGCGAAAGGCGAAGAUGUAGAAGAAGUUCUCCGUAGAGCCGAGACGGGCGAUUUCGACGACCCAGACGUCGGCAUGGAUGCCUGUGAGUGGAGAGAUGCGAAUGGGACGGCAGAGGAGGAUUACGCUGCCUUAAUGGCUGGCAGGACUCCUCCUUCUACCUCCAACAACGUCGCCGAAGAAGGAGAAGUCGAAGAAGGUGAACUGGAUGACACGGCUGAAGUCCAACAGGGUCUUGACGCGACUCACACCGGGAAUCGCUCUCAACUGGCCUCAAAAACAGCGACACUACCACAGAAUACCAUUAUCGGCCCGCAGCUGCCCCACGCUCCCAAUGGACCUGCUGCAGCACAAUCAGGUACAGCAGGCGGGGCCUCAAUGACACCUCAAGAUCAGACCCUCGAAAAUCUGAAAAUGGCCUAUUACUGGGCUGGAUACUACUCUGGUCUUUACGAUGGCCAGCAACAGACAAAGUCGCAACCUCAGUCUUGA